UCUUGUUAAUAUCUCUCUCUCUCUCUCUCUCUCUCUCUCUCUUUCCUCACUCCCAAUCCUUUGAUCGCCGGGACCCACCCUGCCCGAUCAAUUCGCCGGCAUUCGCACUCGGAUGACUAGCCAUUCCGAUCCUGUGAAGGUCAAACCAAAACCUACGCCACAAUAGCCUUCUCAGAUCCAUUCCCUCUUUGUUUCGCUCGCAAAGAUUAGGGGCAAGAAGCCUCGCCAAUUGAUUGGGAAGCAGUACAGGGCAAUGAUUGUGUGUAUACUGAUUCAUCGUUUCUCACAAUUACCGUCCAAUCACGGCCUCGCUUCGAUUUGAUCCCCGCAGCUCAAGUUACUGGUCUUAGGGUUAGGGUUUGUUGCAUCGGGAUAGGAAUGUUGAAGAAAAUCAUAAAGGGAGGGCACCGGAAGCCCUCCAAGUCUGACCCGAACGACGGGUCGUUAUAUAGUUUCGGUCCGCCCGGGACCCGCAACUCCGGGUCGGUCUCCACCGCCAAUGUGGUCGUAAACCACGCGUCUCGGGCAGGCCCGGCCGCAUCGGGCCCCAAUACGGGAGGUCCUGCCGCGAUUCCGGCGAUGGCCCCGCCGUCCGGCACCGUCGAUCCUUUGCCGUUGUUCCGCGAGGUUGCCUCCUCGGAACGCCAGGGCAUGUUCAUCAGAAAACUUCAGAUUUGCUGCUUCCAGUUCGACUUCUCGGACACUCUGAAAUCAGCCCGAGAGAAGGAAAUCAAGCGGCAAACGCUCUUGGAAUUGGUGGAUUUCAUACAGUCCGGGUCCGGGAAGAUCACCGAGACGUGCCAGGAGGAGAUGAUACGAAUGAUAUCAGCGAACAUUUUCCGGUGCCUGCCUCCGGCGUCCCACGAGAAUACCGGCCAGGAAACCACCGAUCCCGAGGAGGAGGAACCGUAUUUGGAGCCGUCGUGGCCGCAUUUGCAGCUCGUGUAUGAGCUCCUCCUGAGAUACGUGGUGUCGUCCGAUACCGAUACGAAGGUUGCCAAGCGGUACAUCGAUCACUCGUUCGUGCUGAAACUGUUGGAUUUGUUCGACUCGGAGGAUCCUCGGGAAAGGGAGUACUUGAAGACGAUUCUGCACCGUAUAUACGGGAAGUUCAUGGUGCACCGCCCGUUCAUCCGAAAGGCCAUCAACAACAUAUUCUAUCGAUUUAUAUACGAGACGGAUUGGCAUAGCGGUAUCGGCGAGCUGUUGGAGAUUCUGGGGAGUAUAAUAAAUGGGUUUGCGCUGCCGAUGAAGGAGGAGCACAAGUUAUUUCUGGUUCGGGCGCUGAUACCACUGCAUAAGCCGAAGCCGAUCGCAAUGUACCAUCAGCAACUGUCGUAUUGCAUUACCCAGUUCGUGGAGAAGGAUUACAAACUGGCUGAUACGGUGAUAAGGGGGUUGUUGAAGUACUGGCCUGUCACCAAUUGCCAGAAGGAAGUUCUCUUCCUUGGAGAGCUUGAGGAGGUGCUGGAGGCUACACAGUCCGCCGAGUUUCAGCGCUGCAUGGUUCCUCUUUUCAGACAGAUUGCUCGCUGCCUCAAUAGCUCUCAUUUUCAGGUUGCAGAACGAUCCCUCUUUUUGUGGAAUAAUGAGCACAUUGUGAGCUUAAUCGCCCAGAAUCGGAGUGUCAUACUACCAAUUAUCUUUGAGGCAUUGGAGAAGAAUAUCCAGAGUCACUGGAACCAGGCGGUUCACGGGUUGACGGUCAACGUUCGGAAAAUGUUCUUGGAAAUGGAUGCGGACUUGUUUGAAGAGUGCCAGAGGGAGUAUGCAGAGAAAGAGGCUAGGGCCAGAGAGUUGGAAGAAAACCGGGAGUUAACAUGGAAAAAACUGGCAGAUGUGGCAGCGCAGAGAGGGGCAGAGGAUAUGAUCACAGUGUGAUCACGAUGGAAGAUAAUUUGCUCCUCUCCAUUUUGGUGGUAUUCUUUUUUCAGAUUUUUUUUUUUCUUCUUAUUUUUAUUUUUUUGAUCUCAAUCCGAUCGAUGAAGCAGCCAUAAAUGUAAUUUAAAUGUAUGGAAUUUGUUAGGCAUAUGAUGUUAAAGAAUGUUUUGUGAAAUAUAUUUGUAUUCUUUUU